GUAAAGAGAAGUCCUUCCUCUCUCUCUCUCUCUCUCGCUCUCGAUUCUCGCUGGUCUCGCCUUCCUCGGAUCGUUCCCGCGAUCGUUUCCGGAGAAUCGCUCGCGGGGAAUUGGACGCAAGUUUCGAUUUUUAGGGGGCAAGAUCAGCCGAAUCGGGAGAUCAGAAUAAUGGAGUCUCACGAUGAGACCGGAUGCCAGGCUCCAAAAGGCCCAAUCCUCUGCAUUAAUAACUGUGGCUUCUUCGGAAGCGCUGCCACCGCCAAUAUGUGCUCAAAGUGCCACAAGGACAUGAUAUUGAAACAAGAACAGGCACAAGCAGCCGCCUCCUCGAUCGAGAGCUUUGUCAACAGAAGUUCCAGUGAGAAUGGUAAAGUGCCUGUGGCAACUGAGAUAUUGGAUUUGCAAGCUGGUUCGGUGGAUGCAAAAGUCAUUUUGACCGAGAUCUCAGCUGGUUCAUCUAUGAGCAAGGAUGUUGACAUGAAAGUGAAUGAGGGUCCUAAAAGGUGCACGACCUGCCGGAAGCGGGUGGGAUUGACUGGCUUCAACUGCAAGUGCGGCAAUCUCUUCUGUUCGGUCCAUCGCUACUCCGAUAAACACGGUUGUCCAUUUGAUUACAGAACUGCUGCUCAGGAUGCCAUUGCCAAGGCCAACCCUGUGGUUAGGGCCGAUAAGCUCGACAAGAUCUAGAUUUCGAGGGCUCAAAAGAUGGCUUAUCUACUGGAAACCCGCUUUGCCAUCCACCUACAUGCAAUUUCAGAUAUAUAUGUUUGGCUGCAUAAUGUCUUCACUGUCCAUUGUCUGGCAGAAAUUGCGGGUCACAUUACUUGAGGGCAUGCUUACAGCCUAGUGAACUCUCUUGUUCGUUGUGAUUGGCGGUAAUUUCGCCGUUGGCUUGGGUGUGUAAAUCAGUAUUCGUGUCGGUUUGAUGGACUCCAUCGUUGCUACUUCCGUUGAUAUGCAUUUCUAGUUGUAUGGCU